AUGCCAGGACCUCCAGGACCACAGGGUCCCCCUGGAAUCAACGGUACUCAAGGAAUCCAGGGUCCACCGGGGAUAGAUGGAACUCCAGGAUCACCAGGUGUACCGGGGKCUAAUGGUUCAACAGGCCCGCAGGGGGCUCCUGGUGCAACAGGAGAACCAGGUCCACGGGGYUUCAAUGGUUCAGCAGGACCCGUUGGUCCAAAGGGAGACCAAGGAGCAGGAAAUCUUACACAAUGUGUGGUGAAGACAAAACAAGAASUAGCGGCUAGCGGGCCUGCUGCAAAACGGACAGUCACUGUAACAGAGGGAAUUGGGAAAAAGAUUCUGAGCGCCUCAUGUUCAUCCAAUAAAGCAGAUACAGUAGAACAAUCUGUAGGAACCAAUAGUGCUGGAGAGAAAGCUUUCUCAUGUACAUGCUAUGGACAAGGAAGCUACGCUAACUUCCCGUCAGGCGACAUGAUAUGUUACAUAAUCUACACAGAAUGUCCCCUGAUCUCCUGA